GACUGGCUGACCAGUGACCACACCACCAAAAGGGUCAGAAUUGGAGUGCACGCGACCGCGUCGAGCUCCAGCUCCUCUUCCCGUGCCCGCCUCGCGCCUCGCUGAGAGAUCUGCGGCGGCCACCGGAUCCGUGCGUCGUCGGCGCCGGGGGGCGGGGGAGGAGGACGAGCAGAGAUGGAGGACACGGCGGCGGCGGAGAAGGCGGAGAAGGCGUCGUCGUACAGGUACUGGGUGCGGGAGGCCACCGGCGACGCCACGCCGAUCCCGGUCCCGCGCAAGCUCGACCCCGCCGCCACCGGCAACGGGAACCCGCCACCACUCGGCUCCGUGUGGAACCAGGCCGGAACCUGGGAGGAGAAAAACCUCAACUCAUGGGCCAAUAGUAGGAUUAAGGAUUUGUUGGGCUCUCUAGAUUCACUGGAAUUCCCAACAGGGAAGGCAUCCAUCGAUGAAGUGUCCAAAUGCUCAGGAGAUGCAUUUCAGGUCACGGUUCGUAACAAGAAGAGAGUAGGGUAUAAUUAUGAGCUGAGCUUGAGAUUUAGAGGUGAAUGGUUAAUUAAAGAAGAAAACAAGAAGGUCAAAGGCCAUUUAGACAUUCCUGAGUUUUCAUUUGGUGAGCUUGAUGACUUGGAGUUACAAGUAAGGUUCAGCGAUGACAAGGGCCUCGCAUCUGACGACAAAACACGGAUUUGCAAGGAUCUGAAGUCCUUUCUGACUCCAAUCCAGGAGAAAAUGCGCAUGUUCGAAGAAGAGCUCAAAGGUAGAUAGCAAAGAUUGGCAAGAGUCGGCAGUGCUAGGUAACUGGCUGGCGCUGCUGUGCUAGAUGAGUAAGCAUGCUGAAACUGAGGUCUUGUGCUUUCGCCAUCUUCUGCAGUCGUAACUUGGACGACUGGGAGCCUGGGACUGUAUCUGUGUACUAAUGUAAUGCACAAGAACUGCCUAAACUCUGAAGCAUCUCUUGAUCCUCCCUCAUUUUCACGGAGGAUAUAUGAUAACAAAGAAAUUUACAAUAUUUCUGUGUGGA